AUGUCCACGGUUUACAGUUUCGCACUAAUCGCAAGUCUCAUCUCAUUGUUUCUUUUUCUUUUGGUUUUCUGGUUGGUUCAUCGUAAGGUUAUCUCCAGAAAUCUCGGUUUGUCACCACUUUUAACAAUAUCGCAGAUUAGAGGAAACCGUGUCAAACCGAUGCGCACAAUUCGAAUUCCAUGGUUUGAUAACUCGGAUUUAAUCAGAUGUUUAAACAAAACUCUGAUCGGUAGGAUUACGAAUCCUGACACUCAGAAUGUCGGAUCACUAGUUUCAAUGAUGCCCAAGAUCUGGAAACUAGAUGAUGAUCGUGUAACCGGUAAGGAUUUGGGUUUGGGAAAGUUCCGGUUUGAUUUCAAGAGAGAAGAAGAUAUUCUUGAAGUGCUCAAAACAGAGCCUUUCAGUUUUAACCAAUGGAUGGUUUCGAUUGUAAGAUGGGAACCGGUUGUACACAAGAACUACCCGUCUGAUAUAACGUUUUGGGUCACACUCGUUGGUGUUCCUACUCCUUUUUGGUAAGAUUGGGUAUUGAGGAGAAUAGGUGACGAGCUUGGUACUGUUCGAGAAGUUGAUGAAGUCAAUGCAAGGGUUAAAGUGACUGUCGAUGGUACGAAGCCAUUGUGUUUCGAAAUACCGGAUCGGUUUGAAACCGAGGAGGUGGAUGUGAAGGUGGAGUAUGAGAAGCUUUUCGGUUAUUGUGCGACUUGCUUUCGUCUUUCUCAUUACAAAGAGUCUUGCCCUGAAAGCGACUUACGCAAAGAUGUGGAGGAAGAGAAAGAUUUGAAGAUGCAUGCAAUGCAACUAUUUGCAUGAUGGAUUGAACCACGUAAACCGUCAAAUGAUUGUCAAACCGGCUCGUCAUUUUCUUUAUUUAAUCGUUAGUAUUGUUCAAUGAUAACGAGAGUUAUGGUCACUCCUCUCUCGAAUUUUCAUAUUUCCCUUUGCUUGAAGGAAUUACGAUUCCAUUUUCUUUUCAUUUGUAUUAUUUCCUGUUUAAGAAAUAAAACAUAAUUAAUAAGAUUGGCAGUUUUAGUCUCCAUUUACGAUUCAUAUGUUCUUAAUUAUUAUUACAACAAGUUCUUAACUUCAAACGAAAUAUUGGAUAAAAUUCAUCCGCAUUAUAAAGAUAGUGUUCUACUUUCUAAUUUACAGAUACAAGUUUAUGAAAAACGUAUCAGCAUGAUGUUUCAUGGUCAAGGUCUCAAGGGUUAAGAAAGCAACAUCACUUCUCCCUUUAAUUUAAGAUAACAAUUAUAAAGAAAAUGACAACAACAUGAAAAGAAAGAACAAGGAAGGAGCGAACUAGAACUAAAUAAAAGUGGAAGUUACAGCAGAGUUACUGUAUAGGGAGAACCAUAAAGAUGAAUGAAUGGAUGUGCGUGAUCUUCACGCUUCACUGUUUCAGGCAUAUGGAACAGUUGUAAGUAAAACUUGAUGCAUAUUUGCAGCAUGCAAGACACCUGUAUGUUGACUUUGGGGAAGAUAGAGUAAAGUCAAACUGUGGGUUUGGUGAGAUUUGAGGUUGGUUUCACGUGGAAGGUCGAAAACAUGACUUGCGCAAGAGUUAAAUUACAAUCUGAUGACUUGGUGCAUUUGAAAGCUGCACCACUCAGAUCAGGGUCGCGAUCCAAGCAAGGUGAUUUCGUGAUUUGUUAUGACUCGGAUACUUCACAGAUUGCCAAGAAGGUAUUGUAACUUAGAUUGCAUCUUAUUUUGGUACACAGCUUCUCAUUGUGAUGCCAAAGAAUUUGAUGAGUUGUUCCCAGAAACGUAUAACUUAUACAUUUUGUUUUGAUUCAAAUUUUGAAGUUCACUUCUAAUUGUAUACUUGUCUUCGUCUUUUCUACAGAACAAAGAGAAUGCCUAUAGAAAUUGGACCAAGUAGCUUUGCUUCGAGGAGGAAAAACAUUAUUGUUUUAGUAGGAAAAAAAGCACGUGCACAAUUC